UCGGCUUCCAAGAGUUCGGAAGGGGAACGGAGAAGACGAAGCAAGAAAGGUCAUCUCAACUCCUACGGAGACCAAGAACGCUAGAUUGGCUCGUAUCUCUACGAUUGAUUCCAAUUCUUAGAUGGCUAUUGCCACCUGCGCUGAUGCAACCCUGUGGUGUCCUUCUCGUGGUUCACUCAAUUUCCGCAAAUGUUGGCUCCAGAUUUCACCAGUCUGCCGCAGGUGGCAGCUGAAAGCUCCUAGGAAUUUUUCUGAUAGAAAAAGGAAAAAUGUAUCAAUUAAUGAAGGCUUCCGUGCAUUCAGUAUUAGAGUACGUGCUGGCCCGGACAAGUCCGAUGACACCUUUGAAGAGAUUGUUGGAGAUGGAGAUCACUCUUCACAAGGCAAUGGUGGUGAACUUGCUCGGUCCACUAUUGCGCUGUCUGAGGCAAGAUCAAAUCAGGAGGCCACUGGAAAAGAGAGAGAUGAGUUACUUGAAGAGUUGGCACAGUCACAGGCUAAGCUGCAGGAAUAUGCUGAUAUGAUAAAGCAUGACAAGGAAUUAGCAGUUGCAGAACUCGAAGCAGCUGAAUCUCUGUUCAAUCACAAGCUGCAGGAAUCAAUCGAGGACAAAGUUGCUUUGGAAUCCAAGUUGGUUCUUGCCAAACAAGAUGCGAUUGAACUUGCUGUGCAGGUUGAGAAAUUAGCAGAACUUGCUUUCCAGCAAGCUACCUCUCACAUAUUAGAAGAUGCUUGGUUAAGGGUGUCUGCUGCGGAAACUUCUGCUGCCGAAGCAGCUUAUCGCAUCGAGGAACAGAUAAGAAGUGCUGCUGAGGGUACUAUCUCCUCUAUUGCUGAUCAAUCAACAGAUGCAAUAAACAAGGCCUUGUCUGCAGCAGAACAAGCCAGCAGCCAUGCAAAAAAAUCUGUAUCGGCUCUCUCUGGUGGAGAAAAUUUGAUGGAUGAGAUUGCAGCUCUUCGGUCUCAAAAUUUUGCAUUACAGAAUGCUGUCAGUGAUUUAGAAUCUCGAUUGCUUAUUAUGAAAAGUGAGGCUGAGGGAUUUAAGUCUGAGUUGGAACAAGCUCUAGCACAAGCAAAGGCUUCUUAUCUUCGUGCUAAUGCUGCAGAAAAAGCCCUGAAUGAUCUUCAAGAACUAACUAAGAAGAAGUCUGUUGAAAAGGAAGAGGAAGUCAGGUCAUUGUUAGAGAAAAUGAAGGAGGAGGCGGCAGAAAGGGAAAAAGCAGCUGGAAAGGCUUUCAAGGUUGAACUGGAAAGCUUCAUGGCUGCCGUUGAAGCCAUCAAGGAAACAGCACGUAUAAAAGACCAAGCCUAUAUGAGGAGAUGUGCUGCCCUGCAGAGAUCUCUGAAAGCAUCUGAAGCUGCUUCAGAGGUCUGGAGACGGAGAGCAGAGAUUGCAGAGUCAAUCUUGCAUGGGGAAAAAUCACCUGGAGAAGAUGAAGAAGAUGUGGACUAUCUAGUUAAUGGAGGAAGGAUUGAUCUUUUGACUGGUGAUGAUUCACAAAAGUGGAAACUGCUUGUUGAAGGUCCUCGAAGAGAGAUACCUGAAUGGAUGGCCCGUAGGAUUACAACUAUCUGUCCUAGGUUGCCACCGAGAAAAGUUAAUAUGUCUGAGGCACUAGCAGCAAAAUCCCUGUCAUUGAACUUGCCCAAACCUGAUGAAGUGUGGUCUAUAGCACAAGAAAAACCAAAAGAGGCAGAUAUGCUUGUUGAGCAUGUAAUUGAGAAAGAAGCUGUAGAGAAGAAGCGGAAGGCUUUGGAACGUGCUUUACAGAGGAAAACUGUACAAUGGCAAAGGACCCCUGAACAAACAAAAUUAGAGCCUGGCACUGGCACUGGGCAUGAGAUCGUGUUUCAAGGAUUCAAUUGGGAAAGCUGGAGAAGGAGGUGGUACCUGGAGCUAGCUCCUAAAGCUGCAGAUCUAUCGCAGUCUGGGAUGACAGCAGUGUGGUUUCCCCCACCAACAGAAUCUGUUGCCCCUCAAGGUUAUAUGCCUUCUGAUCUUUACAACUUGAACUCUGCUUAUGGUUCUAUGGAGGAGCUUAAACAAUGUAUCAAGGAAAUGCAUGCUCGAGAUCUUCUGGCCUUGGGAGAUGUUGUACUUAAUCAUCGAUGUGCACAGAAACAGAGUCCAAAUGGAGUGUGGAAUAUUUUUGAUGGCAAGCUUGCAUGGGGACCUGAGGCUAUUGUCUGUGAUGAUCCAAAUUUCCAAGGUCGUGGAAAUCCAUCAACUGGUGAUAUCUUUCAUGCAGCUCCUAACAUAGAUCAUUCUCAAGAAUUUGUUCGAAGAGAUAUCAAGGAUUGGUUGAACUGGCUUCGAAGUGAUAUUGGCUUUGAUGGAUGGCGCCUCGACUUUGUAAGAGGAUUCUCUGGUGGCUAUGUGAAGGAAUAUAUUGAAUCUUCAAAUCCUGCAUUUGCUAUUGGAGAAUAUUGGGAUAGUUUGGCAUAUGAAGGUGGCAAUUUAUGCUACAAUCAAGAUGCUCAUCGGCAAAGAAUUGUCAACUGGAUCAAUGCCACUGGAGGCACGUCAUCUGCAUUUGAUGUCACAACAAAGGGCAUUCUCCACUCUGCUUUGCAUAACCAAUAUUGGAGGUUGAUAGAUCCUCAGGGGAAACCAACAGGAGUCAUGGGAUGGUGGCCCUCACGUGCAGUGACAUUUUUAGAGAACCAUGACACAGGAUCUACCCAGGGACAUUGGCCAUUUCCACGGGACAAGCUUGGGCAAGGAUAUGCCUACAUUCUUACACACCCUGGAACGCCUGUAAUAUUUUAUGAUCAUUUCUAUGACUUCAGCCUUCGAGACACCAUUACAGAGCUAAUUGAGUCCCGAAGACGAGCUGGAAUACACUGCAGGAGCCCUGUCAAGAUAUACCAUGCAAACAAUGAGGGAUACGUUGCCAAAGUCGACAGCAGCCUUGUGAUGAAGAUAGGAUACUUCGACUGGAACCCUUCCAAAGAGAAUAAUUUGGGGGGGACCUGGCAGAAGUUCGUUGACAGGGGUUCUGAUUAUCAGAUUUGGUUGAGACAGUAAAUUCUAUCUAUUUAUAGAUGAAACCUAGAUUACUUGUCUAUUCUUGAGAAAUACAGAGAAAGAGACUACUUGUCUCAUGGAUACAAAUCUAAAUCUACAUGAGCAAAUCUAUCAUGCAAUAAUAACUAUUAAGCAGUCGAAUUGAAGCUUCA